GUUAGGAGGAGGAAGAAGAAGAAGUUGAAAUGGUUUCAAGAACCAAAAUCAACAACUUGAAACUCAUCCUCAUCCUAAUCAUCUUCUUCUCUAUAACUCUUUCUUAUCUUCUAAUCUUCACCUCUAUUUCAAGAAUAGACAAUAAGAAUAUCAUCACCCAUGCUUUGAGAAAUGGAGAUGAAUAUUCAUCAUUACCUGCGACAACAACUACAAAGAGGGUUCAACAUGUGAGAACCAAACAAUCUCUACCUUUUGAUUUUCUUGCAAGAGAGUUUAAAGGGAGAGACAUCAAAAUUGGUUUGGUUAAUAUAGGUAGUAGUAGUCAUGAUCAUGGAGUAGAGAAAGAAUGGAAAGAGUUAGGUAGUACGACGUUAGUGAACUUCGAAAGAGUAUCAAAGGAACGGAAAUGGGCAGAUUACUUUCCGGAAUGGAUUGAUGAAGAGAAGAAAUGGAGGUCGCCAUCAUGUCCGGAUAUCCCAAUGCCGGAUUAUGAAAAGUACGGGGAAUUCGACGUUGUCGUUGCAAAUGUACCUUAUUGUUCUAAUGAUACUAAACAAGGUCAAGGCAUUAGAGAUGUUUUUAGAUUACAAGUGAAUUUGGUUGCAGCUAAUUUAGCAGUACUGAACGGGCACGCGGACGACGAUCGGCCUGUUUACGUCGUGUUUGUUGGAUCAUCGUGCGGAGCUAUGUGGGAGAUAUUCAGAUGUGAUGAUGUUUUAGGACAUGAAGGGAAUGUCUGGAUUUACAGACCUGAUUUGAGAAGAUUGGCUCAGAAAAUUCUUAUGCCUGUUGGAACUUGUCAACUUGGUCUUACUUACAAAAAACAAGAGAAAGAGAUAAUGAACCCGAAUUUGUCAAAACUUAGCAAAGCUAUGGCAAUCAGUCGGCCAAGAGAAGCCUAUGUGACACUACUUCAUUCUUCUGAAGCUUAUGUCUGUGGUGCAAUAGCUUUAGCUCAAAGCAUAAUUCAGACUAACUCUACAAAAGAUCUUGUUAUUCUGGUUGAUAAUUCAGUGUCCGCAAAAAGUCUCGGAGGCCUAAGAAAGGCAGGAUGGAAGAUUAAGAUAAUUGGACGGAUUAGAAGUCCGCUUGCAAAGAAAAAUGCUUACAACAAAUGGAAUUAUAGUAAGCUUAGAUUAUGGCAGCUAACGGAGUAUGACAAAGUCAUGUUCAUAGAUUCUGACCUUGUUGUUCUUAAAAACAUCGAUGAGUUCUUCGAGUAUCCACAAUUAUCAGCCGUGGGUAACGAUAAGGUAAUAUUCAAUUCGGGUGUUAUGCUAGUUGAGCCUUCGAAUUGCGCAUUUGAAAGUCUAAUGAAGAAGAGAUAUACUUUGAAGUCAUAUAACGGAGGUGAUCAAGGAUUUCUUAAUGAAGCAUUUACAUGGUGGCAUAGAUUUCCAACUAAACUGAAUUUUCUUAAAUUUUUCCACAAUGCUGAAGAUGCUGCCCAUGAGUUACCGGGUUCGGUUUACGCGGUGCAUUACUUGGGAUUGAAGCCAUGGAUGUGUUACAGAGAUUAUGAUUGCAAUUGGGAUAAAAUGGAUCAUAGAGAUUUUGCAAGCGAUUCAGCUCAUAGCAAAUGGUGGCAAGUUUUCGAUAGAAUGCCAAAAAAGUUGCAUGCAUUCUGUGAUCUUUCUAAAAGUGGAGAUGCCAGGAUUAAGAAGUGGAGAAAGAUAUCACAAAAUGCUAGUAUACCUGAUGAACAUUGGAGGAUCAAAGUCAAGGAUCCAAGACAACAUCAUUCUUAGAGAAAAAACAGAAGAUUUAUUAGAUUAGUGUUCUUCAAACCACGUUCAGUACAAAUGUUGAUACAUUUCUUCAUUGUUAUGCCGUCCCCAUUGGACAGAUUGUAAAUUACAACAACUUGAUGAAAUCAGGAUUUGGUAACAUCUUAUAUGUAAAACAAAUCCAGCUGAUCCAAAUGACGAAUACAUUUGAGAUGUUUGUGCAGCGAUCGUGAAUUAAGCAUCGAUCGCCCACAGCAAACAAAUUGUUUUUGUAUCUAAACUUACAUUACAGAUUUAAAGAUGAACAUC